AUGGAGGCUGGAGAGGGAAGGAAACGCAUUCGGAAACAAAGGCAAGUCCUCAUACUCUUUGUUUGGCUGGGUAUAGCUCAGGUUGGUUCUGAACCGAGACACUAUUCAGUGCCUGAGGAGAUGGAGAUUGGCUCCUUUGUGACAAAUUUGUUAAAAGAUCUGGGUUUGGAGGCAGAAGAACUAGCAGCGCGGGGACCCAGGGUCGUUUCCAAAGGGAAAAAAGUGCGUUUGCAGUUCGAUGCACAGACUGGGGAUUUGUUGUUAAAUGAGAAAUUGGACCGAGAGGAACUGUGUGGCCGGGUUGAGCCCUGUAUACUACCUUUCCAGGUAUUGUUGGAAAAUCCUUUGCAAUUUUUUCAGGCUGAGCUACAGGUCAAGGAUAUAAAUGAUCAUUCCCCAGUUUUCCUAGACAAAGAAAUAAUUUUGAAAAUACCAGAAAGUAUCUCUCCUGGAACUGCUUUCUUAAUAGAACAUGCACAGGACUUAGAUGUAGGAAGCAAUGCUCUCAAAACGUAUACAGUCAGCCCCAAUUCCUACUUUCAUCUUAAAGUACAAGAAUAUCCCGACAGCAUAAUACUACCACAACUAGUGCUGGACAAAGCUUUAGAUCGUGAGCAACAGACUGAGAUCAGAUUAAUUGUCACAGCGGUGGAUGGCGGUUCUCCACCCAAGUCUGGCACUGCUCUGGUUCGCAUUGAAGUUUUGGACAUCAAUGAUAACGCCCCCAAAUUUGCAAAGUUGCUCUAUGAGGUGCAAAUCCUAGAAAACAGUCCCAUUGGAUCCCAGGUUGCCAUGGUCUCUGCAAGGGAUUUGGACAUUGGUACGAAUGGAGAAAUAGAUUAUGUAUUUUCUCAAGCCUCUGAAGACAUUCGUAAAACUUUUAGUAUAAAUGCAAAAUCAGGGCAGCUCCAUUUAAUACAGGAACUAGACUUUGAGUUCAUUCAGAAUUACACUGUGACUAUUCAGGCCAUAGAUGGUGGAGGCCUUUCUGGAAGUUGUAUGGUGUUUGUCCAGGUGAUGGACUUGAAUGACAACCGGCCAGAACUGACCAUAUCAAAACUGAAUAAGAAGAUCCCAGAAAACUCAGAGACGACCAUAAUUGCUGUGUUCAGUGUUUCAGAUCCUGACUUCGGAGACAAUGGAAGGACUGUAUGUUCCAUUCAAAAUGAUCUUCCCUUCAUUCUUAAACAAUCGGUUGAAAAUUUUUACACUCUAAUAACAAACACAGCCCUGGACCGAGAGCAGCAGGAGGAAUACAACAUCACCAUCACCGCGACAGACAUGGGCAGCCCCAGGCUGGCAACGCAGCACACCAUCAGGGUGCAGGUGUCCGACGUGAACGACAACGCCCCCGCCUUCAGCCAGCCCUCCUACACCCUGCUGGUGGGCGAGAACAACAGCCCCGCACUGCACAUCGGCAGCGUGAGCGCCACGGACGCGGACGCGGGCAGCAACGCGCAGCUGACCUACUCGCUGCUGCCGGGCCCCGAGCCUUGGCCCCCGCAGCUGCCGCUCGCCUCGCUGGUGUCCAUCAACGCGGACAACGGGCAGCUGUUCGCGCUGCGCUCGCUGGACUUCGAGGCGGUGCGCGCCUUCGAGUUCUUUGUGCGCGCGCAGGACCGCGGCUCGCCCGCGCUGAGCGGCCAGGCGCGGGUGCGCGUGCAGGUGCUGGACCGCAACGACAACGCGCCCUUCGUGCUGUACCCGCUGCAGAACGCGUCGGCGGCGUGCAGCGAGCUGGUGCCCAGGGCGGCCGAGGCGGGCUACCUGGUGAGCAAGGUGGUGGCGGUGGACGGCGACGCGGGCCAGAACGCCUGGCUGUCCUUCCAGCUGCUCAAGGCCACGGAGCCCGGGCUCUUCAGCGUGUGGGCGCACAAUGGCGAGGUGCGCACGGCGCGGCCGCUCAGCGAGCGCGACGCGCCCAAGCACAGGCUGCUGGUGCUGGUCAGGGACAAUGGCGAGCCGCCGCUGUCGGCCAGCGUCACGCUGCACGUGCUGCUGGUGGACGGCUUCUCGCAGCCCUUCCUGCCGCUGCCCGACGCGGCGGCCGGCGCGGCGCCCGACGACCGCCUCACCGUCUACCUGGUGGUGGCCUUGGCGUGCGUGUCGUCGCUCUUCCUCUUCUCGGUGCUGGCCUUCGUGGCCGUGCGCCUGUGCCGGCGGGCCGGGCCGGCGGCGGGGGGCGGCUACCCCUACCCGGGUCUGCCCGACGGGCCCUUUCCGGGACAGCUGCUGGACGCCAGCGGCGCGGGGACCCUGUCCCACAGCUACCGGUAUGAGGUGUGCCUGGCGGGGGGUGCUGGCACCAAUGACUUCAAGUUCCUCAAGCCCGUUCUGCCCACCUUCCUUGCUCAUGGUGAGGAAAGGGCUGAUGAGGCAAACCCCACUUUCAGAAAUAGCUUUGAAUUCAGUUAGGUAUAUAUUAAUAAGGCCCAAAUGAGACUUAUUUGCAGAAAGAUAUU